UUUUUGUGAUCUCCAAUGGUGCAUUAGGUGUCAGAACGAACGAGUGCUCAGAAUUUCAACACACUGGCACUUCAAAAAUUUCCGUCCCGCUCAAUCUGGCUCUCCAGUGUCAAACUGUUUCUUAUGCCUAGCGACACCAGAUUCAACAUGAAGAACAUGCCACAUAUAUGCACUAUAGAAAAAGCUAGUUCCGGAAGUGCUCUACCUACUCUAUCUGAAGAUGCAUCUUUAUGGCAGAAGACAUGCAGAAACCUCAGAAAGCACAUGCUUGUAUCAGAUAGAGAUCCGAGAAUAAUAGAAUACUUUCGAACGACUACAGGUCUAUUGAAUGAGAAACGUAGACAAGUUGAUUCGAAAAAUCAUUACAUGAUACAUCCAUUCAGUGAUUUCAAUUAUGUCCAUGAAGCCAUAAUGACCAUAGUAUUUCUGUUCUGCUUCAUACAAUUCCCGUUCAGUUUUGCAUUCUGGAGGACUGACAUUUUAAAGAUCAACUCCAAAAAUAUUUCAUUAUCAAUCGCAAAUAUAAUCUGUAUAGGAGAUAUUAUACUCAGAUUUUUUACUGGAUACGUGGAAGAAAAGAUUAAAGUAGUUGUUCUUGAUCAGAAGAAAGUUGCGAGUAACUAUAUUUUCGGACCCUACUUCUUUUGUGACGUUAUCAGCUGUCUACCCACUGACAUAUAUGGGUAUAUAAGACCUGAAUCGAAAAUAGCGUACUCAAUGCACUAUCUGAGGCUUUUCAAGCUUGCCCGAUUCAAAACUUGUCUGAAAUGUUUCGAUAGAACAGCACUUUUCAUACGAUGGAACAAAGUUGUCCUGGUUGCCGUCAGAGACUGCGUGAUUGUUGGUCUCAUAUUACACUGGUCUACUUGCUUGAACUAUUUCAUCCCACGUUUUCGACUGCUACUUCAGGAAGAUCGUCAUCAUCAGUAUAGUUGGAUUGGUGUUAUUAGGUAUAAGCCUCCCAUGGUUAAAUAUGUAAUAUGUUUAUUCAGAACAGGAGGUCUUCUUCUGGGUGCCCUUAGUAGCCAACCAGACAAUUUUCCUCUGCUUGCUGAGAGAGUUCGUUCCAAAUCUAGGACAGCUGGUUUACCUCAAGAAAUCGCACCUUUCGUUCAAACAGCAGAAGAAAUCGAGCAUGUAAUAUUCGAUGGGCCUAUGGAAGAAUUGCUGAUGGACUGCAUCAAUAUUAUAUUAGGCAAGAUAGUGACUUCUAUGUUUGCAGUUAUAAUAAUAUGUCGCAUAGCUGAGAGAUACACCUUGGAGACGAAGUACCAGGCUAGAAUGAACCAGUUGAAUGAAUUCAUGAAAAACAAGAAACUUCCUCUAGCAAUGAGGGAUAGACUUGUUCAAUAUUACGAACAUCGAUAUCAGAAGAAAUAUUUCAAGGAAGAAGUUAUAACUGGAAUUUUAUCAGAGAAUCUGAGAAAAGAAGUGAACAUCAACGUUUGCAGACAGUUGGUGAAUAUAGUGAAUAUAUUUUCCGACCUACCACCGAAUAUUCUAUCUGAUGUUCUUGGACAUUUGAAGCCAGAAGUGUAUCUUCCAAAUGAUAUUAUUAUCAAAGCUGGAACCGUUGGUGAUUGCAUGUACUUUCUUUCUAGUGGAACUGUUUCUGUCCAUACACCGUCGGGGAGAGAGGUUUGUCAUUUACAAGAUGGCGCAUAUUUCGGAGAGAUAGCGAUCAUUUUGAAGAACACCAAGAGAACGACAGAUAUUAUUGCCAUUGAAGUGUGCGAGGUUUAUAGGUUGGAUAAGAAAGCAUUCAGAUCAUGUUUCAAGAGCGACAGAUAUGGUGUAUACGAAAAAAUGCAAAUGGUUGCUGAACAGAGACUGCAGAAGACCACAUUAUUAGAGGAAUCUUACAAACUCGAAUUAUUUCAGAAAGCUUAUACUGAGAAACUCUAGGUCCCGUGUUAACUUCGAGAUUAUUGUCAUCUGUUGGUAAUAAUUAUUUCAAUAUAUUUAACCUAGAACUUGAAUUGUUAGGAAAGU